AUGGGUUGCUGUGGCUGUGGACGUUGUGGUGGCUGCGGGGGCUGCGGCUGUGGCAGCUGUGGCUGUGGAGGCUGUGGCUGUGGCAGCUGUGGCUGUGGAGGCUGUGGCUGUGGCAGCUGUGGCUGUGGAAGCUGUGGCGGAUGUGGUGGCUGUGGCGGCUGCUGUGGCUGCUGCGGCUGCUGCUGCCCCACGGUCUGCUGCUGCCGCCACACCUGCUGCCGCUCCUGCGGCUGUGGUAAAGGCUGCGGCUGCGGGAAGGGCUGCUGCCAGCAGAAGUGCUGCUGCCAGCAGAAGUGCGGCUGCAAGAAGCAAUGCUGCUGCUAG